UGUCACUCCCAACACCUCCUGCUUCCAUUUUGUCCUUUGAACAAAAUCUGACUGUACAGAUGUGACUUUACCUGCGUCUGGAAACAGAAGUUGGAAACAGAGGACAGACUGCAAAUACUUCUACCUCUUCAACGACAAGAACUCCUGGUUUUAUUUCUGGGAAUUAACCAUUGAUUUUGUAUCUUAAACUACAUCUGACAAGUGAAAAACACAACUUUCAGUUGUAGAAAACACCUUAGUUAUCAGGUGGAUUAUCGUGAAAGAAAAAAAAAACCAAAAAUGGAAAAUCUAUGUGAUGUUGAAGGUGCCUCUGUUGCCUACGGAGUAUUUACCGCUUCAACUGACAUAAAAGAUGAACUCAUAACAAGUUUGACAUCUUUUUUACGCAUCUACAGUCAAGGUAGAGAUUGUCUUCAGAGAACUUCAGAGAGCUUCACACUGGCGGUUGCACAACUUCAUGACAUGCAAGAGGAUAUUAUCAAGAAUGAGUCGUUCCAAAGUCUGCUAAGUCUGUUGGGAGGAGUUAGUGGUGCAGUUUGUGGUGGUGUUACUGCUGGAGUUUUGGGGGCUUUGGGGGCAGUUAAUGCUGCAACUAGCCCCAGGUUUUGUGGCCAUAUUAAUGCAGUCUGGGCAACUGUGGGCUUUAUCGGCAGUGUGUUUGGCGGUGUAGUUGGUGGAGUGUUCUGCGGUGGUGUGGGUGGUGCAGUCUGCGCUGCAGCUAAAGUAACUGGUAGUCCAGUUCCUGGUGUACUGAGGGAUGUAGCAUCGUUCACCAUCGGCGGUGCAACUGGUGGUGCAAUCGGUGGUAUUUUUGGUAGGACCAUUGGUGCAGCAGGCGGUGCUUUUGGUUGUGCCUUUGGUACAUUGUUCGCUACUAGGUUUUCCAUUUUUGUAGUUGGCAAUAUCAUGAAUCAUUGCAAAGAUUCAAAAGAACAGAAAACAAAGUCAAAGAAGGAGAAUGUGAUGCAGAAAAGCAGAGAUUUCAGUGAAAGUAUCAAACCGCUGGUAAACAAGCUGAAAACAAUGAAAACCGUUAGCAACAAAAUGGCCUCCGAUGUUGUUGUGCACAGUGUAGCUGCACAAACUGCAAAGACUUUGAAGUCUGUGAUCACAAUGGUAAAAACUAUCAGUGACUCUCAGAGGACAACAGAUCUGCCACAGUUCGUUUCCAGUGUUGAAGACGCAGCGAGGCAAGGCCAGAAAAUCACAGAGGAACUGGAGGAGAUGAGAGCAGAAGUGGAAAAACUUUUGGUUUCUCUGAGCAAACACUGAAAAAUACACCAGGCUUAAAGUCUCCUCAGUGUAUUAAAGAACACGUUUUUUGAGUCUGUCUUAAAACAACACUCGCAUGCCAAUACAUAAAUGUACAGAAUACUUCAGAGUUAGAACACUAAGAUGGGUAUCUGAAAAGGUAGUCUUAUCAAUUUAAAAUUCAACGAUAAUCACCUGAUUUCUCUAACUCAGACUACUAAAGUCUCAUAUUAUCCUCAGAUAAACUUUCAUUUUGUUACAUUGGAAUUUAGUCAGAAAUUCAUCUCUUCAUAGCCUUUAUGAA